AUGGAAAUCUUCGCCAGAAAACUCAACUUCACGUUCUCUGUGAUAAAGUCCGUGGACGGCGAGUGGGGCCGCCUCUUGCCCAAUGGAUCCACCACCGGCAUGAUCGGAAUGUGUCAGAGGAAUGUAAGAAGUGUGGAGGUGGACAUGGCUCUGGGGCCCUUCAGCAUCACGUACAAGAGGUCGCAGAUCAUCGACUAUUCAGUCCCGCUCUACAUCGACUCCUUCGGGAUCUUCCUCCCUCGGCCUCGCAAGGAGAGGGAUCUUGCCGGAUUCGUCAAACCCUUCGCGUGGCAGGUAUGGGUGGGACUUCUGACACUGAUGGCCCUCAGCAUGGUCCUCGGCGUCGCUUACAACUGGAUGGCGCUGAAGGGGUCGCUGCCCGGGGCCGCGAGGACCGGCGCGGGAGGGCGGCGCGCCUUCUUCCGCGCGAGCUGGAUCUUCAAGAUGAUGCUCGUGGAGCCCAUCGACCUGGUGCCAACGUCCCUCACAGGCCGGGUAUUGCUAGGCACGUGGAUGGUGGUCUCCCUCAUCCUCUCCUCGGCCUAUCAGAGCAUCCUGACUUCCCUCCUGGCGGUGCCGAGGGUGGAGGUGCCUGUGGACUCCUUGCAAGACCUCCUCGACUACGGCAAAAUCCCUUGGUCGGUGGAGCAUGGCACCUCGAUCCACCAACUCCUCGAUGAUUCCAGCUCGGGCGUCUACAAAGAGAUCAACAAGAAAAUAUUCUACGUGUCUAGUAGCUUCGCGGAGAGAGACCGCGUGAAGGAAGAACGCUUCGCCAUUCUCUGCGAUUUCUUCUCGAUGAAAUUGAUCAUGAGCGACGACUACGGGCAGACGGGCGAGUGCAACUACUACAUCGCCAAGGAGGUCAUCUGGUCCGCCUCGAUGGCCUUCGCCUUCCCCAAGGGCAGCAACCUCACCGGGCACUUUAACAAAUGGAUGGUGAUGAUGAAAGAGUCCGGACUGGUGGACAGGUACCUCCAGGAAGUGACGAAGAACGUGACGGCGUGCAUGGUGCCUCCGGGCCAAGAGGCAGGCAGGAACACGUCCACUGUCCUCUCCAUCUUCGAUCUCGGAGGCGUGUUCCUCAUAGCAGCCGGAGGUGCGGCCAUAAGUAUCUUUAUGUUCCUGAUGGAGAAACUGUCGAGACAUCGGAGUCUUUGAAGAUGCUCGUCGCGACAUCCCGCUUUGGCCUUCGACUCGGA